ACUUGUUCCACUUAUUCUUUCCAUAUUAACAGUUGCCCUGAAAUCUCUGCCAAAUUUUAAGGCAAAUCCCAGUACAAAUAAAAAUACUGUGAUGCCCCAUCAUCGCUGCACUAUUCACCUUAAUUGCGAGAAAACUGAGCUGUUGGAUGAGGCCUAUCUGCAGGCAAAGGCAGGACUCAUACCUGACAACCCAAUGAUAGAGAUGACUCUGCCCAGCAGCUGUGAUCCUACUUUGGCUCCUCCUGGGUGCCAUGUGGCACUGUUCUUCACACAGUAUGUUCCUUACAAUCGAGCUGAUGGCAGACCCUGGAACAAGGAGACCAAGGAAGAGUAUGCAAAAAAGAUUUUUAAUGUUGUUUGAGUAUGCACCAGGUUUCAAGGAUAGUAUUGUUGGUUACGAGGUAUUGCCGCCACCAGAGCUUGAGAGAAUUUUUGGUCUUACAGGAGGGAAUAUAUUCCACGGUUCAAUGUCGUUAGAUCAGCUGUUUAUAUCACGGCCCUCAUCAAUGCAGCCAGGCCCAUUCACCCCAAUUCCAGGCCUGUUUUUGUGUGGUUCAGGAGCUCAUCCUGGGGGUGGGGUAAUGGCUGCCCCUGGUCGUCUGGCUGCACUUUCUGCUUUACAGUGAGAUUUGUAAUGUGAAACAAUACCAUUAUUUGUUUAUUUACUCAUGCUAUGUGUUUGACACCCUAAUGCUAAGAUUUGUAUCUCAUAAUUGUGAGAUACAAAUAAUGAAGUAGCAAAGACUUUGCUUUUUUUACAUUAUUCAUAAUACAGCUAUUUUAAUUCUAGAAUACCGUAAAUGAAUGUAUUAUUUUUUUCAUACAGAUUUAUAUAUCUUAUUGUACUGUGUAUGAUAAUGUAUGAUAUAUAUUGCUCAACAUAAUUUACCAAUAAAAAGGGUCCAAAUUUUCA